CACAGUGUUUCGGUCAGCCCAAAAUACUCUGGCCGCACGGCCAUAUGUGCGCAGUAGUCGGGCUCGGAAAGAACCGGGUAGUGAGCCCAGAUUGCGAGUUUCUUCAUGGGUUGCGAUUUCGGACCUGACAUUUCAGAUUUCGGCUUCUGGCGCAUCCAUGCUGUGUUGGGACAGGAAGUCAACUUCGGCAUCAGGCCACCACCGCUAAAACUGACUUUGCAAGGCGUCAGAGUCGGUGAGCCCCAGGUCUACAAUAUCGACGUCCUGGGCUGUCGUUGACCGCGACUUGGGAGGGCACCGACGACGGGAACAUCGAAGGGAAAGACGGGUGGGGCGCCUCCAUUUUUUGGGAGCGGAGACGUGGGGCUGGCUGGCUGCCCUCUCGGGUCAGCGGCCAGAGCCUCUCGGUCUGCAGGCACAGACGAAAACGGACUGGCAGCGGUUGGGGCGCCGCUCUCCAUUCGUUCAAACCUUUUUUUCCCCUGCCGGCCAGCUGACCAC